AAGAAGGAAGACGCGCGGAAAAAAAGCCAUUGAGCCCCACGAACCGACCCCGGAGCCUGGUGCAUCGUGCCUCGUCCCCCUCCCUCCCGGUAUCGCGAAUCUGCGGCGGCGAACGAGCAGCCCGCGGCAGAGCCGCCCGCCCGGCGCGCUGCGCAUGCGCGGCCGCCCCACGCGCCACCGGCGGCCUCAGGCGGGAACGGGGACGCGGCCCGGCGGUACGGGGUGUCCCCCGCCGUGGGGGCCGUCGGGAGCCACCAUGCCGGUACCGGUGCCGGUGGGGGUCCUGCGGCUGCCACGGGGCCCUGACGGCUGCAGCCGGGGUUUCAGCCCCACUUCGCUCCGGUUCCAGGCGCUGCUGGGGGGGGACACGGUGGCGGCGCAGGGGGCGCGGGCAGCCCUGAGGCAGCGGUACCUGCGGGGGCUGGCGGCCGCCCGGGGCCGCCCCACGCGGUUCUGCCUGCGGGCGGGGGUCCAGGUGGAUGCCGUCUUCGGCGCUGCCGACGUGGAGGCCGUGGCCUUCCAGGUGGACGCCCUGCGGACCCCCCUGGGGGUGCAGGCGGCCGCCCUGCUGCGCUGCGCCGACGUCCUCGCCUACUCCUUCCUCCUCGACUGACCAGUAAUUUUUUUUUUUUUUUUAAAAAAAAAAACCCAACCUUUUCUGACCAUAAUUACAACUACAUGGUGAUGGGGGAGGAUUCGGGUUUUCUAUC